AGAGUCUCAAGACACGACCUAUACAAUUCAGAAUCUGAUAUAGAACCUUCCGAUGAUGGUCAAACACCAAUACUACCGAACUUGGAGUUCGAGAUUAUAGACAAGACACAAGACGAUGAUCAAGUGAUGGGUGAUGCCCAAGAAGAAGAAGAGGAUUUUGAUUUCCCUCUUUUCUCAAUGGGAACCACCACCACCACGGCCGCAAAACCAGAGGAGCAAAAAGAUCAAGAAGAAGAAUCACUUCGUGGAAGAACACAAGAGAAACAAAACACAAUGAGAAUUACACUUAGAUCUCCUUCACCAGAAGUAAUAAUACAAGAGAGACCCAGAUCUUAUUACUUUGCAGAAAAUGAUGAAGAGGUAAAGGCAAAAUUUGCUCAAGCAGCUAUAACAGGUGAUGAUGUGAUAAGACAAAGUUUAAUACCGUAUGGACCAAUAGGGAAAGUUAUCAAUUUGAAUGAGCAUAAUGCUAAGAUAGAGAAAGAGUUGGAAAAAAUCAACAAGAAGGCAAGACCAGGGAAAAAGAAGAGACUGGCUUCUAUAAAGGCAACAGAGCACAAUAAAGAGAGAUUGAAAGUUCAAAAACAAAAUGAACAAAAAGCCAAAGCGAAAUUAAUGAAAAAAAUACAUCAUAAACGUGGUGGUAAGAAACAUAAAAAGAAAGAAGGAGCCUCUGAUGCCCAAGGCAAAACAAAAUAUAGAACUGAAUGA